GUCUAUCACUGCAUCAUGGGACCGUCUCCUCUCCUGAGCUGCCUGCUAUGGGCGGCCAUGGUUUGUGUGACCGUGGCGCAAACCCCAAGAUUCCUGGUCACCGCACCCCGCCUUCUGCAUGUGGGUGUCAAAGAAGAUGUGUGGGUGCAGAUGGAGUGGCCUCAGGGCACCAAAGUGCCAAAUGAUGUUGCGGUAGAGAUGUACCUGCGCAAUCAGAAGACCUAUGAUGAGUGCUCCGAACGUUACCGUUUAACUCUGAACACGAGGAACAACCACAUAAGUAAACAGACUAUAGAGCUCACGCCCACGAGGGCCUCCACAUGUAAGUUGGAAGAGCGAAGGAGUAGCAGGUAUGUCCAGCUGGUUAUAACUAGUGGCGCCCUAGGAGCAUUAGGUAAAGUUGUGUCCAUACCUAUCUCCUACAAGAAAGGCUACAUCUUCAUCCAGACUGACAAGAGCGUAUACACUCCCAAAGAAUCAGUUAAUAUGAGAGUGUUCACUCUGGACCACAUGAUGAGACCUACAGAGGACUUCAUUACUAGCACAGUGAUUAAUGCGGAAGGUUUGCAAGUAAGAAAGAUGCAGAAGCUUUCCAAAACCUCAGUUGUCACUGACAAGCUUGCAAUUCCGGAUAUUUCAACUACCGGAGUGUGGAGGAUAUCAGCGUAUUAUACCUCGGCUCCAGAAUCAAACUUCACCACAGAAUUUGAAGUGAAAAAGUAUGUUCUUCCAAAUUUCGAGGUGAAGAUCGUACCAGAACUCCCGUAUUUCCAGAUAAAUAAGGCGCAGUUUAGAAUCAAAGUGGAAGCCAGGUAUGUGUAUGGCGAACCUGUGGAUGGCGUGGUCCAUGUACGAGUCGGAAUAAUAGACCAGACUGGGAAGAAAACAAUGCUACAAGGCCUGGAACAACAAGUGAAGAUGGAGGAUGCAGAAGGUACGAUCCAAAUUAGCAAAGACGACAUCCUGAAGAAGAUUGCUCAGCCCGUGGAGAACUUGGUGGGGUCCACAUUCUACAUUGUGGCUACUGUACUGGAGAAGGCUUCCGGAACUUUAGAAGAAAAGGAGCUCACCUCUGUAAAGUUUGUGACUUCCCCCUAUAACCUCGAUUUCUCCAAAACAAGGAAAUAUUACACCCCCGGGACACCAGCACAGAUUGUGGCAGAAGUCACCUAUACAGACGGCACGCUAGCAAGCGGUGUCACGGUUCAACUUCUGAAAGCCAACACACAACUCAGCUCCUUUCGGUCAAAUGAGGAUGGGAAGGUGGUCUUCCAGAUCAACACAGACACCAAGGAGAAGACCCUGGACCUUAUGGUCAGAGCGGAAGGAAGUGAUGGACGGCAGGAAGAAAGAUUAAUUCUCACCCCCUACGCAUCGAAAACCAACAGCUUCCUUCAUAUGGAUGUUCCCAUCCAGGUUUUAACCCCCGGAGAAAGCAUUAAGGUCACUGUGAAGGUGGUUACUCCCCACUCUGGGAGUGUUCAGAGGAUCUAUUACAUGGUGCUCAACAAAGGUCAGAUCCUGGAUUUGAGAUUCAUAGAGAAAAGUGAAUUCAUGGUGUUUUCUGUUCCGGUUUCCACCAAAAUGGUUCCCUCCUUCCGCAUCAUCGCCUAUUACUACCUGGACUCCGAGAUUGUAGCCAACUCAGUGUGGGUAGACGUCAGCGAUGUCUGUGAAGGCAAGCUACAAAUUAGGACGGAUGUAAAGAACAGCCUUCUCCCGGGGUCACAAUUCAAGCUAACAAUGGAAACAGACGAAGUAACAACGGUGUCCUUAUCGGCGGUGGACACGGCCGUGUACCUUGUGAAUUCCAAGGGCAAGCUGACCCCUGGCAAGGUGAUGAUGUGGGCAGUCAUGACUCUACGUUUUGGAUUAGGCUGCCGGGUUCCUCAGAGGAAGAAAAGAUCGAUAGACUUCGCAGCACUCACCAGACAGAAAGCCGACCAUUAUUCUUCUCCAGAUCUGCAAAAAUGCUGCAACAACGGCAUGGUGCUCCUUCCUCCUCGCAUGGAGAGAAACUGUGACAUCAGAGCCAGGCGUGUCGAAAGCGCAGACUGCCGAAAUGCCUUCCUGGACUGCUGCCAAUAUGCCGAGGAUCUGCGCAAGAAGAUCUCCCUCGAGAAGAGGCGGAAUAAUACCAUCGGGAGGACCCAGACAGACAAUCAAGAUGAAGAGGAUUUCACAGAUGAAAGUGAGGUUCAGGUUCGCUCAAACUUCCCAGAAACCUGGUUAUGGAAGACGGUCACGGUGAACAAAAAGUACACUGAAACUUCCAUAGUCCCAGAUUCUAUCACCACAUGGGAGAUCCAAGCAGUCGGAAUGUCUACAGGAAAAGGGUUUUGUGUGGCUGACCCGGUGAAGGUGAAAGUUUUCAAGCCGUUCCACAUUCACUUGAGAGUUCCAUUGACGGUGAAGAGAUUUGAACAGAUUGAGCUGAGACCCGUACUGUAUAACUUCGAAGACCACGACCUGAGGGUCAGAGUGUUCGUAACGAAAGCAGAGGGGCUGUGUACCCCCAGCACACCUGAUGGAGGUGCCAUAGAGCGCAUUGUAACCGUGGGCAACAAGUCGGCUCUCUCCAUCCCAUUCUCUGUGGUUCCCAUUGGAAAGGAAGACCUGAGUGUGACUAUCAUGGCUCUGGGCCCGGUUGGCAUGUCUGACGCUGUGAACAAAGUGCUUCAUAUCGAGAGAGAAGGUGUUCCAGUAGUUGACGAGAAAACAUAUGUUUUGAAUCCAGAAGACAGAGCCAGGAGUUCUAUAACAAUCAAUGAGGACUUACCUCCAAAUGUGAUCCCAGAUGGCGAUUUCCGCUCUAGUGUCAAAAUUACCAUGGACAGCCCAAUAAACACCAUAAACAACACCCUGAGCUCGGAUGGAGUGAGCAAGUUGAUCCGUGUCCCCUAUGGCUGCGCCGAGCAAACUAUGAUCUCUACUGCCCCGGGGGUGUACGCCAUGCGCUACCUCGACCAAACCGAUAAGUGGCUUAGUCUCCCACCGGAUCGCAAAGACCAGGGCCUGGAGAACAUGAGAAACGGAUACACAAGGAUAUUACAGUACAGGAAACCGGAUGGAUCCUACGGCGCCUGGCUACAUAGACCCAGCAGCACCUGGCUCACAUCUUUCGUGGUGAAAGUGAUGUCCUUAUGUCGUAAAUAUAUUGACGUUGACGUAGAAGAGAUCCGGAAAUCUGUCGCCUAUCUCACCACCAAGCAGACCGACACUGGGGCUUUCCCGGAAACCACGGCGGUCAUCCACCAAGAUAUGACGGGAGGUGUUUCUGGGAAGAACGCUGAAGUGUCACUCACAGCCUACGUGCUGAUUGCUCUCCACUAUUCCAAGGACGCGCUUGCUGAAGAUGAAAGCAAAGUGAGAAGCAGCAUUAGUAGAGCGAUAGAUUACCUGCGUACUGCGCUGAACUCCUUGUCGGAGCCGUACCCCUUGGCUAUCACCGCCUACGCCCUCUCUCUUGCGUCUAGCGACUCCGUCUUGAAUGACAAAGCCUACAAAAAACUGAUGUCCCAUGCCCAAGGAGGGUCCAAGCAGGGUGAGAUGUAUUUCGGUUCCAAAGGCACAGCUCUUGCUGUUGAAACUACAUCGUAUGCGUUGCUGACGGCCCUGCUCCAGAAAGAAAUUCCUAAUGCAAACCUUAUGUACACCUGGCUCUCCGAGCAGCAGAACUAUGGCGGAGGAUUUAAAUCUACCCAGGACACGGUCAUGGCGCUGGAAGCUCUCUCCGAAUACUGGAUCCAAACCUCUGACGACGACCGCAAUGAGUUACAGUUGGAGCUUAAUUCCCUAGAAAGAUCACAAAAAAUGAAAUUCAUUCUACGCAAUGAAGAUGCCGUUCAGGAAGAGCUGAGAUCCAUGGGAAAAACAUUUACAGUGAAGGUAUCUGGAAAAGGAAACGGUAUCUUAACGGUCCUGAAGAGAUAUAACAUCAUGAAGGUGGAAGACUCAGACUGCUCAGAGCUUGGGCUUGAGGUAUCGGUUCAUGGGGAUGAAACUGAAACAGACGAAGUGGACUACGGUGAUUAUGAUUAUGACGAUGAGAUGGCUGACCAACCCCUGGAGAACAUCCAUUGGCAUGACCUGCGCAGUAGAGCAAGAAGAGAGGUCUCUCAGCCCAAAGAGAAGCCAGUGAAAGUGGUCUACAUGGUAUCACUGUGGAAAAAAGCUAAGGAUCGUGCCACUGGAAUGGCUAUUGUUGACAUCACCAUGCUGAGUGGCUUUGAACCCAGUGUACAGGAUCUGAACAAGCUUAAGGAUGGAUCGGAGAGAUACAUCAGUCACUAUGAGAUCCACGGGGGAAGACUUCUCAUGUACUUCGAUAAGGUCACCAGUCAUAAGGACAUUGUGACAUUUGAAGCGUUUCAGACGGUGAAGGUGUCCCCCCUGCAGCCGGCCUCUGCCGUCCUGUAUGACUUUUAUGAGCCAGGUAACCAAUGCAGAAUAUUCUAUGGUGCCCCCUCCAAGACCACCUUCAUUUCUACCCUGUGCUCAAAUGAUGUAUGUCAGUGUGCAGAAGGUCCUUGUCCCACUUUAAAGAAGACCCUGGGCAUAGAAGAGAACGAUAAGCGCCAACAAUUCGCUUGUUACACCCCGCGUGUGAUGUAUGGCUACCGUGUCAAAGUGUUGGAAAAGAAACCAGAAGAUGCGUUCAUAGUGUACACAGUGGAAAUUAUUGAAGUUCUGCAGAAAAAUGCAGAUGAGAAAAUUAAAGCUGGAGACACCCGCUACUUCUACCAGCGCGCAGCCUGCAAAAUGCGUAUUGAUUCACAACCAGGCACAAAGGAGUAUCUGAUUAUGGGGCAAGACGGCCAGACAGAAGAUGAAGAGAAAAAGAUGAGAUACUUCCUAGAGGACAAUUCUUGGGUGGAAGAACUGGCCAGUCCACAAGCCUGCAAAGCCACACGCAACCGUAACAAAUGCUCCGACAUGAACACCUUCAUGAACGAUUACCGAGACAACGGCUGUAAGGUGUAGAGCACCUUAUUAAC